GUCUGAUUUGCUGCUCGGGCUGUCAGUCAAACAGCGCGCGGCCCGCCCUGGUGCGGCCGCCGUGCCGGGAGCCCUUCCCGCGUGCCGUCCCGGUUUCCCGGAGCGCUUCCUGCGCAGCCGCGCCGGGCGCUGGCCGGCGGGCUGCGGUCCGUGCGGCCGCCGCUCUGAGCAGCUGCCGCUGUGACCCCGGCUGGCGGGACGGUGCCCGCGGGCCGGGGCGGCUGAGAGGAGAGCGCCCGAGGCGGCUCCGUCCGCGCAGAGCUUCGCUGGGAGGCUCGAGGCUGAGCCCGGCGCACCCGCGGAGUCGCGCGGGGCUGGGCCCGGCAGCGGCGCAGGGCAGGAAGAAGAGCUCAGGGAGCUACAGCCUGAUCAGCUUUACCUUGAUCCCCCAGAAGGAUGGAAGGUGAUGGAGCAGCUAAUUCUGGAAACCCUUCUAAGACACAUUAAAGAAAAUGAUCAGGAGUAGUCAGCAUAGAUUCACCAAGGGGAAGCCAUUCUUGACCAACCUGAUAAUUCUCUACAGUGAAAUGACUGGCGUGGUAAACAAAGGGAGGAGAGUAGAUACUUGCAUCACUAAGUCUUUCAGCAGUGUCUCCUGUGACAUCCUCUUGGAGAAGCUGCUACAGUACAGACUGGAAAGUUUAUUUUUGAAGAAAUGGCCUCCAGCAUUGGAAAUGAAAAGAGUGUGAAUCCUGUGCUCAGAAUAAGUCAGCUUGAUGCUCUUGAACUAAACAAAGCCCUGGAACAACUACUGUGGUCCCAGUUUACCAGCUGUUUUCAUGGAUUUAAACCAGGGGUGUUGGCUCAUUUUGAACCAGAAGUAAAAGCAUUUUUAUGUCUUAUAUUAUGGAGAUUCACUAUCUAUUCCAAGAAUGCAACUGUGGGGCAGGCUAUUCUCAAUAUUCAAUAUAAGAAUAACUUAUCUCAGACAGAGAAAUACCAACCUCUGAGCAAACACCAGAAGUUAUGGUAUCUUAUUUUCACUGUUGGUGGAAGAUGGUUGGAAGAAAGAUGUUAUGAUUUAUUUAGCAAUCGUCAACAGGAAUCUUUCUGCAAAAUUAAGAGCUAUAUAGGUUUUGGAUCUGGACUUCUUAAGCUUUGUGGACUUGUAAAUUUUCUGAUUUUUCUUCGGAAAGGAACAUUCGCAACACUUACAGAACGCGUUCUAGGAAUUAGGUCAGUUUUUUGCAAGCCACAAAAUGUUCGUCAGAUAGGAUUUGAAUACAUGAACAGGGAACUCUUAUGGCAUGGCUUUGCUGAAUUUUUGAUAUAUUUGCUACCACUCAUUAAUGUACAGAAACUGAAACUUAAAAUUUCCUCUUGGUGUUUGCCUAUCGCAGGUCUUUCCAAUAGUGAAAACACAUUAGCAGCUCACUGCAGGGAAUGUUCACUAUGUGGAGAAUGGCCUACCAUGCCACAUACCAUAGGCUGUCCACAUGUUUUUUGUUACUACUGUAUUAAAAGUAACUUUUUAUUUGAUAUGUAUUUUACAUGUCCUAAAUGUGGCUCAGAGGUACACAGUCUUCAGCCAUUGAAGUAUAAAAUUGAAAUGACAGAAUUGCAUGUCUGAUAUGAGGUUGAUUUAGUUUUAUACUGUACAUGGUAUGUAUAGAAGAGAUUAAUGGAAGAAUUCAGAAAUUAUUGAAAGCAGACUGCUGAAAGAUGUUUUGGGGACUCUGUAAUUCAUGUAAUAUGUAUUUUUACUGGUCUUGGGUUUUUAUUGAGUAACAGUGCCAUAAUGCCCUACCCCACUUGGCAGGUUAAGGGAAGAUAGUUGGAUUUACUCUGGGUGGUGUGUGGGAGAAACAACAACAACAUUCUCAGGAGGUUCAAGAAGAACUUUUACUUGCAAACUUUAGAAGAUUCCAAUUGAAUAAGGCACUUGGCAAACUUUGACUUAGCAAUCUUUAACUUUCUCAGACACAGUGCCAUUACCAGCUUUCCUAGUAGAUGGAUUAAGUGGGAAAGUUGUUCUUUUCAUGCCUAAAGAAUAAUUUUAAAUUUGAAUUCCCAAUAUGAUGUUACAUUAAAAUAAAAAAUACCAAAGGUAUAAAGAAUAUUUAAGGAAAACAGUGCACCUUCUAGACCUUUGUGAGAUGACAACUAAUUUUCUCAGGCAGCUAUGUCUCUGAGCUUCUAUUAUAUAUAUAUUGUCUUUCCUCAGAAGCUGAGGGACGAAACCCAUCAUCCAUUGGGAUGUGGCAGAUGUUCAGGGUAACACUGAAGAAAACUGUUGACUCACAAGAUGCCAUCUGUAGGAACUGCCACUCAUCUUUUUUUGGUGUGGUCUAGGGGAGUGACAAAUCUCAGAGUUCACUUCCACACAGAAAAAGAUCAAACACAGUUAUGUGCAUAUUAACAUAUUAAAAUAGUUAAUUUCCUGCUUUUUGCUUUCACUAUUUGCUUUCUUAGUUGCCUUUGCAAUGUUUUAGUUGUUCUAACACUUCAUACAUUUACUCUUCAACCUGGUUUUAUAGGAUUAUUUUCCUUUUAAUUGCAAUGGUUUUUUAACACAAAGUGUUAUUCAGAAGAGUCUCAUUAACACAAAAAUACAUUACGUCCUCUUUUGAAUCUUAAAUUGUCAAAAACAUAUGCAGUUAAAUAAAUAGCUUUAUGGUGGCUCUGUUCUUGAUUGGCAAUCAUCAAUAGUCAGUCCCAAAAAUAGCAGGGUAACAGCUGAUUGAGUAACUUUGAUCUACUUUUAUGAAAUGGUUUAUUACAUUCUUCAUUCUACAUUCUGAUUAGAACAACCCACUAGUCUAUUUGUUUGAAGAUCUUAAAUUCUAGGUUUUGAUCUUUAGAGUGACACACAGGGCUUUCAUCUGAUGUAAUUAGAUAUAGUUAGGGGGUGGGCAGCCAAAAACUUAAUUAAUUCUGCUGCUGUUCUUUGAGUCAACAGAGACUUCAGAGCAAGUGCUUCCAGAUACUGUGCUGCAAUAUUAUUUGCUGUCAAAUAUGUGUAUUAGUAGCCUGCCAUAUUUCUGUUAUUUGCUGUUGCAAUUAAAACCAGCAGGUGCAAACCUAUUUUUAUUAGAGUAUGAAAACUGGCAAGUCAUUUGGAGAGCAUCCUGAAGUUACUUCUUGUUCCUGAAGGAAUUUUGUAUGAAUUGUCCUUCCACAUCACUUAAUAGCUUUUCCCAAAGAAAUGUUUUAUCAACGCUGACUUCAAGGUGAUCUAAUGUCUCCGGAAAUGUCAUCAGCAUUUUGGUACUUCAGUCUUUAUCUGUGUUUAUUAAUAAAGAUUUGUAUGCAUCCAAAAUCCAGUGUUUGUAGCUUACAAUCAUAGCACACCUUUGUUUGCUGUGGACUCUUCACUUAUUCUGAAGUCUCAGAGCAAUUUUUUAUCAAAAGAGCAUGGAUUCUCUGUAUUGGCCUCUGCUAGGUGUCAUGCCCUUCUUAGGCUGGAGUUCACUUCUUUCCUAUAUGGAAAUGUUUCAUUUUCCUGAAUAUUAAAGAAUGUUAUCUUCCUUUUUCAUACCAUCUCCCUCUGUCCUGCUGUUUGAUGUGCGUAAGCUGUAUGAAUUUCCUGGGGUUUGUUUUGUCUCUUGCAGUUUCAUGCGGGUAGAGUUUGUGCUCUGUUUUUCAUCCCUCUUACGCUAUCAAUAAAAAACCUGUUUCAAGCAGUUUAGUACCUCUAUUGUACAGCUGGUUUCUGCUGGCUGUGCUAUAUCACACCUUACUCUUGGUUUGUUGUUUUUUUGGUUUUUUUUCUGGAAUUAAACUUCUAAUGCAUAACUCAUGCUGACUUAUUAUAGCAAAGCAUUGGCCUACUUCUGUAGCACCUCCUCAUCACUGUGUUUGGUUUGUAGCCGAUAGUAUUUACAAAGUUUGUGAAGUCUGUGUCUUGUGGCAUAAAUGGUUUUUGUUACCCUAAGAACCUAGAUCAUUAGGUGGGGGUUUAGUUCUUUUAUUUUCCAUGCAAGCAAGCAGGUACCAAGCAUCUCACAGAAGCAGGUGGUUUGGGAAAAGAAUGGUUGUUUAUGUCAGAUACGGAUUUUUUUUUUAUCUCCCAUAUGGUGAAAUUUUUGCUCAGUUGUAGUCACUUAUGAGACGAGGGUUCCAACUUGAAUAUUGAAAAACUACCAGCUUACCUUUUUAGUACUUCAAUAUUCAGCAUUUUCCUAAAGCACUUUAAAAUUAAAAUACACUUUUUAAAAUAUUUUAAUUCUGUUUUGUUGUGUCUUGUGACCUAUAAGUUGCAGAAGAGUCUUAGUUGAAGAUAUUACAGGAAAAAAAAAUCAGAUCCUAUGUAGACUAAUCAAAGGAUAAUUAGUUUUACAUAUUAAUUACCUUGAUAAUUUUUCCUCAUAGACAUUAUAUUUUUCAGGUUUAAACUCUACUUUAACAAAGGACUGCUCCAUCUGGUCCUACUUCCUGCAGUAGAGGGAAUACAUUUUGUUUUGGAAUGUUAAUCUUUAAACAAAAGGGGAUUAGUAUUCAGCUACCAUUAGAAUGCACUUGUGAGUAGUCAUAUGUGCAUCGGUGAAAAGGAUAAAUGCUUAGAAUUUAAGGAAGCUAAAGGACCAGAACUUCUAUUCAGUCUUGGAUAGGAGUUAUAGCCUUAUAUUACCAGUUUUCUUUAUGCCCUGUUGACUUGGUGUGCUGCAUGAACAUUUUCAUUAUCAAAAAUCAAAAGAUGAAGGCAUAAAUGAAACAGACUAAUUACAUUAAUAAACAUACUAGAAAACUUUUCAUUUCUUCAUUUGAAUGAGAAUUACCAGUUGGCAUAAGGUGUGAUUUGGGAGGCAUUCAGAUGAAAGGAGUCAGAGAAUGCUCGUUUUUACUUCCACAAACCACCAUUCCACCUACUUUCUAUGUUUUCAGGGAGGUCUUAGAAGUAAUUUUAUAGAAGACUUAGAAGUGGGAGUUUCUGUGAAAGAAAUGAGAGGGAUAGUAUUUGAUUCCUGCCUUACUUGGAAACACUUAUUUUUCUGUUAAGUGUGAGAUAUGAUGGACAAGGAUGAUCUCAGCAUUAGUAAAGAGACGAUGUGAAGAAAGAAAAGAUAUGUAUUUGCUAAAUACAAUCUAUAUUAUAAUGUCCUUAUUUGAGAAUACUAAUGCAAUUGUUAUCUGGGAUGUAUCAUUCUGAUUAAAACCAAGUUGACAAAUAAAUUAUAUUUUUUAACAGGA